AUGCCUCAAAGAGAGUUCGUCCCAAAGAAGUACAAGCUUCGCAGCGCGGAGUCAGCACUCGUAGCCCUCCAUUCAGUCGAUGGCAAACAGAGCUUCGAUUUCACCUUUGAAGCUGUGCGCACAAAUCUGUUUCGAGUGCGAUUUACUUCCAAAGAGCAUCCUCUGCCGCCGUAUCCCAGUGUUGGUGAUCCUGUAAAGGAGACGCUUGACAAUGAUGCCUCCUUCAGCACUACUCCAUCAUCAGCAGCAGCAGCAGCAGCAGCAACAGCAACAGCAACAAAAGUCGGCGCGGUGACAGCUACGGUUCAAUGGGAGAAUACGCCUGUAGUCUCCCUGUCCUGGACGGACUCCAAGCAGCUUCUUCACCGUGACUUGCCCGGCCGCUCAUACGUCGCCGACUCCAGCGGCGUGUCGCACUACAGCGUCCUCGACAGGGAAGCGCUCCAUGUCGGGCUAGGCGAGAAAGCAGCGCCAAUGGACCUGACCAAUCGACAUUUCAUUCUAUCGGCCUCGGACACGUUCGGAUACGACGUCUACCGCACGGAUCCACUGUACAAACACAUCCCGCUCCUGAUCAAAGCGAACAGCGAGGGCGUGGUGGCCAUCUUCUCAACCUCCCAUUCUAGGGGUACAUGGAGCUUAGGCUCCGAGUUAGACGGUCUAUAUGGACCGUACAAAGUAUAUCGCCAGGACUACGGGGGUCUGGAGGAAUAUUUCAUUGUAGGCAAGACAUUGAAGGACGUUGUCCGCACAUACGCCGAACUCGCAGGCUUUCCACUCCUGCCUCCCAGAUGGGCAUAUGGCUAUAUAUCCGGGGGCUACAAAUACACCAUGGUCGACAACCCGCCUGCCAGUCAAGUUCUAUUAGACUUUGUGGCCAAAUUGAAGCACCACGGCAUUCCCUGCUCGGCACAUCAGAUGAGUUCGGGGUACUCUUUCAGCGAUAGAGUGCCCAGUCUCAGGACGGUGUUUACUUGGCAUCCGAAGAGAUUCCCGGACCCGAAGAAGUGGACUUCGCAGAUGCAUGCGGCUGGCCUCAGGCUGUUAUCUAAUAUCAAACCUUUUGUGCUCUCUUCGCACCCGGACUUUGAGAAACUGAAAGAUGCCAGAGCGCUGUUCACUGACCCGGAUACGGGACUACCGGGCUACAUGGAUGUGUGGAGCGCGGGGGGAGCUCAGGGUGGUGAGGGCUGCCACAUUGAUUUUUCAUCCUCCUUCGGUUUCAAGUGGUGGUAUGAAGGAGUGCAGAAGCUGGCCAGGGCCGGCAUUGAUGGGAUGUGGAACGACAACAACGAGUACACACUUCCGAACGAUGACUGGAAAAUGAAGCUAGACAAUGAGGAUGUUAGGCUAGCAGGCCGUGCAGCAGAAGUCAAUGACUCCGUGGGCCUCUGGGGCCGCAAUCUACAUACCGAGUUCAUGGGCAAAGCCUCCCAUGACGCCCUGGUGGAUUUGCGGCCAAAUUUGAGACCUUUCGUCCUGACAAGAAGCGCAACGGCGGGAACACUCAGAUACGCCGCCAGUUCAUGGAGUGGCGACGAUGUGACCAGUUGGGAGAAUCUAAAAGGUGCCAAUGCUCUGUCACUCAAUGCUGGGGUUUCACUCUUGCAUUGCUACGGCCAUGACAUUGGGGGGUUUGAGGGCCCUCAGCCAUCCCCCGAACUCCUCCUCCGCUGGGUGCAAGUAGGCAUCUACACCCCGCGCUUCGCAAUAAACUGCUUCAAAACCUCGCCGCUCGACAACCUCAUCGGCGACGUGAUCGAGCCAUGGAUGUACCCCGAAAUCACUCCUCUAAUCCGCGCCAGCAUCAAACGCCGCUACGAGAUGCUACCGUACAUCUACUCCCUCGCGCUCGAAAGCCACCUCGAAGCCUCCCCUCCCCAGCGCUGGAUCGGCUGGGGCUUCGAAACCGACCCGGAAGUAUGGACAUGCUCAAAGCUGACACACGGCGAAGAAGAACAAUUCUGGUUCGGCGACACCCUCCUCAUCGGUGGUCGCGGUGUAUACGAACCGGGCAUCAUCAUCACAACGGCAAAGCUCUAUUUACCGCGGAAGACCGAAGGACAAAAUUUCGACUAUGGAUAUGUCAAUCUGAACGCGCCAUACCAAUAUCUCGCUUCGGGUCAAUGGGUAGAAAUCGCCGUUGAAUGGAAAUCCAGCAUCCCCGUAUUUGCGCGCGUCGGCGGCGCUAUACCUAUUGGUAAAAGCGUGGCGACUCGCACGCCCGGCGAGGACAGAGUAGAUGCAGCCGCGGCCAGUCCUGAUGUGGAAGACGAUGACUAUCGGGGCGUGGAAAUCUUCCCGCCAAGGGCUAGUUCGCAUGGACGCGUGUUUGAGUAUAUAGUGCUACGCUGGAGAAGGUUACUGUUGGGUUGGACAGGGUGGUGA